AUGAAGACGGAAAUGGCUCCCAAAGAGGAGCUCAUGGCCUCCGAGCCAACAAAGCCCCUCGACCUCCUCGACGCAGCCGAAGGUGAAGUAAUCGACCCGGAAGAGAGCUCCGCGCUCCUCCGACGCCUCGACUUUCGCCUCAUGCCGCUCCUUUGCAUCACCUACGCCCUGCAGUCCAUCGACCGCACGACACUGAGCUACACCGCCGUCUUUGGCAUCCGCGAGGACAUUGGCCUCACCGGUUCCGAGUUCUCCUGGGCCGGCGCGCUGCUGUACCUGGGCUACCUCUUCUGGGAGUUCCCUACAAACGUGCUGCUGCAGAAACUGCCCAUAAACACCUUCAUGUCGGCCACCGUGGUGUUGUGGGGCGCCGUGCUCAUGUGCCACGCCGCGUCGCAUAAUUUUGCUGGGCUCGCGGCGACGAGGACAUCUCUGGGUGCGUUCGAGGCUUCGAUCAACCCGGGUACGAUGUUGCUUUUCUCUAUGUACUAUUCGAGAAAGGAGCAACCUGUUCGUAUGGGCAUCUGGAUCGGAUCUGCGGGUCUGGGGUACAUCACGGCCGGUAUCGUGACGUUCGGAAUUGGGCAUGUGCAAGGGUCUAUCGCGAGCUGGCGGAUUCUAUUUCUGUUUUGGGGCGCCAUUACGGUGGCGUGGGGGAUUCUCAUGCUCAUCUUUCUUCCUGGCUCGCCAUUGACGACGAAGUUUCUAUCAGAGAAGGAGAAAGCGAUGGUUAUUAGUCGCGUCAAGGCGAACGGUACGGGAGUCGAGAACAAGAAGUUCAAGUGGCCCCAGUUCAGGGAGGCCAUGAUGGACUUGAAGACAUGGCUUCUGUUUUUGUUUGCUGUGGCGAGUAACACUCCCAAUGGCGGAUUGACGACGUUCCAAGGUCUUGUAAUCAGGGGCAUGGGCUUCUCGACGCUUCAGACUACUCUCAUCCAGAUGCCUUCGGGAGCGGUCCAGCUCAUUCUGUGUCCCCUGGCAUGCUUCUUCGCUUCCUACUACCCAAACGCUCGCAUAGCCAUCAUGCUUACCUGUCUCGCCCCCUUCCUUGCUGGUAUCCUCGGCCUCUGGCUCAUUGAUCAAUCCAACCCCUAUGGCCGCCUCGCCUGUCUCUGGAUCUCCUUCGCCUACACGGCGACCUGGACGCUGUCCAUGUCUGUCGCCACGGCCAACACCGCGGGCCACACCAAGAAGAUCACGACGAAUGCGAUGCUCCUGAUUGGGUACUGUCUUGGAAACUUUGUCGGCCCCUUCUUCUUCAAGGCGGAACAGGCACCUCGGUACCCCCUGGGCGUCGCGAUGAUGAUCUUCUGCGUUGGUAUGCAGAUUGCAUGCCUGUGUGGCCUCUGGUGUCUAUUGUGGGUUCGAAAUCGGUCUAGGCGGGCGGAACACGCGACGUCGGAGGAGAAUGAGCAGCAGGCGUACGAGCGUGGGCUCCUGGACGAGACAGACUUGCAGAACAAGUACUUCAAGGUUCGUUGGCACCCCUUUGUUGAACCUGAGCCUUCACUAACAUAUUCUAGUACGUGUAUUGAUAUCUGUGGCACCUCGAGAAACACGUGCUAUGUAAGAGUCCCGCUCUCCCUAUGA